AUGUUCAAUGACGCUGACAACGGAACCACUCGGUCUCAGCCAGCCAUCUUCCGUCUUCACCAAACCGCCACGAACUACGGAGUACACUCGACGGCUCUCAUCAUGGCCAGCACGUCAGUGGCUCCAGCGCAACUGUGGCUGGUGCUGCAGGGAGAACAAUGUGAUCACGACCUGAUUCGUCAGGAUGCGGAUGCGCCGAUGGAAGAAGCCACUACGUGCAGAUACAUAUAUUUGUUGAUGAAUCAACGAUGA